AUGGCCUUGUCCGUCAGCGUGGUGCUGCUGAGCGGUCAGGAGGUGACCAUCUCAGCACUGCCAGAUAGCCCUGUCUUCCAAGUGCAGAUCCAGGCCCAGAAAGCCCUGGGGCUUCGAAUUGCAAGGCUGCUUGUCGGGGAGAAGCCUCUGGAGCGAGGGCGCACUUUGAAGGAGGAGGGGGUCUUUGACAGAGACGUCCUGACUGCCGUCGUCCAACCAGACAGGAUUUACUCAUGUCAGUGGUCCCUCGGCUUCACCUUGAUCCGUAGCGACGGGACGACCGUUGCCUGGGGCGACCCAGACAGGGGUGGAGAACCUCUCUGCGAGCAGUUGCAAGACGUUGACGCCGUGCUCGCAACUGAGAAUGUGCAAGCCGUGCUCCACUUGGAUGGCACGGUGGCCAUGUGGGGUCAUCCAGAUUGGCAUGGUGGGCAUGAGAGCUUGCAAGAGGUCCACAAGCUGCAGGCCUUCCCGAAAGGCCUGGCUGCCAUCAAAAUGGACUACAGCGUCAUGCUCAUUGGCUGCAGCCGCUAUGUAACGACCCCACCACCGCUCAGCGGCGUUCGACAGGUUGCAGCUUGCCAGGGCUCCAUGUCAGAAGCGUAUGCAGCUGUCCUGAAUGAUGGGCGAGUCGUUGCUUGGGGUUGUCCACAGCUCGGAGGCAAUUGUUCAGCUGUUGAAUCCGAGCUCUGGGGUGUCCGAGAAGUCAAGUCGUGCAACAGCAACACCGCUGGUGCAUUCGCAGCUAUCCGCGAGGAUGGGAGAGUGAUAACAUGGGGCUCCAGAAGCUACGGAGGUGACAGCAGCGCCGUUCAAGCGCAGCUCUGUGAUGUCCAGGAUGUAGCUUCAACUAGCUUUGCCUUUGCGGCAGUCAAGACAGACGGUACGGUCAUCUGCUGGGGCGCCCCAGCACUGGGAGGGGAUUGUUCGAUUGUGCAAGAGAAGCUCCGAGAUGUGUUGUACAUUUGCGCCUCAUGCGGUUCUUUUGCUGCGCUUCGUGGAGAUGGAAGUGUAGUGACCUGGGGCUGUGAGAAGUCUGGUGCAGACAGCUUCCACGUGCAGCAAAAGCUUACCGCUGUCCAGCAAAUCAUCGCUUCGCGCUCUGCAUUUGCAGCCCUUCGGACGGACGGUUCUGUGGUCACCUGGGGCCACGCUGCUGCAGGUGGCGAUUGCAAAUCAGUGCAAGCACGCCUGCUCAACAUACAGCACAUCGCUGCCUCUGCAUAUGCUUUUGCUGCUCUGCGAAGUGAUGGUGAGGUUGUUACUUGGGGUCGUACCUGGGGUAGUGCCCUUUACAGCAACUGGGACGCUUGGAUUGCCGAUCCACGCAAGGUAACAUGGACUUUGACAGGCCUGGCAAAAAAGAAGCGCGUGCAGACAGCGGCGCUGGUUCUACAAUCCCUGCGAUAUGGACUACUGGAAGUCAAUAUCUUUCAGGUUACGGCAGUGAUGAGCAUAGCGCAUAGACUUGCAGGCUACUCUACUCAUUUGGCCCUAAUCCGACCUAAUCGUGCAGGCCUCAACACGACCACGGUUGCACAGAAUGCUGCCAUUGCUGCGGCUGCUCUGGGUGACUGGCGUCUUGCUCACAACUUGGCAUCUCAGGCGUGCACGCAAGGUUUGGUGGACCGCGUCACGCUGGGAUCUGUCAUGGCUGUGGCAAGCUGGGAAAAGGCAGUCUCGCUGCUGACGUUGAGCCGGCUUCUUCUCCACCAGCCACUGGAUCCCAUCUGCCUCCGUACCACCAUGACCUCCUCAGAGAAGCUAAGCCAUUGGGAAAAUGUGCUCCAACUGCUGAGACAUUUUUAUGCAAGGCCAGGAGAUAUCGGUGCUGCAAGCUUCAACCCCGCCAUUUCUGCAUGCGAGAAGGGGCUGCAGUGGCAGUUUGCUUUGCACAUCUUGGGCAUGGCUGGAGACCGGCGCUGGAGACCCAGCGAUGUGAGUUGGGCCGCUGCAGUGAGUGCCUGUGAGAAGGCGGGCCCCUGGCAGCGAGCGCUUUCGCUGAGCGGGUCUACAGCUGCAGGGCUGGUGUUGCCGCUCUCCAAGAACUUGAGACGCGAACCCAAAGGACGUAACAGCCCAGCACGUGGCAGCUUGCUACGCUGA